AUGACCGAACCAGUCUUGGGGUCUUCACUCCUUCAGGCCCAGGACGACCAUUCUUCUCACCACAACAACAACAACCAUCACAACCACAUUCGUUCCCAUCGCCACGAGCGAUUGCACAGGCGCCAGGCCGACAGUUCCGACACCAUCGUGCAAAUCGUCCAAACCGUCUCAGUCGUUCAGCUCAUUGAUGCAUCGGGUGCAACCAUCGGCGCCAACACGCAAACCUCGGAACCGUCGACCACCGCCUAUGCUGUCGUACCUACCGUUGGCAUCGAGAGCACCCCGGACCUGACCUCUGCCGUCGUCGACGAUGUCACUAGCCUCUUAUCGACUAUUCUUGAUCCGACAGCGUCGUCAGUAGAUAGCGCUACGACGUCUUCGAUGCCCUCUUCAUUUCCGACUGUUGAAUCUUACGCUGCAGUUACAUCCGCUCCUUCAUCCGGUUCAUCAUCUGCUUUUCCUACUUUCGCUGGCGUUACCAACUCUACCACAGUCGCGCCGGCUUCAUCGUCACUCUUUAGCAAUGGCACCGCGUCAUUGAAGCCCUUUACCGCAAACUUGACUACUUCCACUCUUCCUUCAUCGGCUGGAACAAUUCUAUUCAACGACACUUUCACCACCACAGUUUUUGGCUCAUCAUCGGGUUCUUUCACACUUGCAUCCACCACUGGAACAGCAACCUCGACAGGAACCGAGGAUGGCGGCUCUGUGACAGGCUUUGGAUUUGGCGGCAAUGGCGGCACCGCCACCGGGGAAUCAUCCCCUUCUUCUACUUCGACGGAGGAUGCUGGCUCCGGAUCCAGCUCUGGUUCAGCCUCGCCAGGAACUGUAGCAGGCAGUGUUCUGGGCGCGGUGGCCGGCGUGGGCCUCAUUUUGAUCGCUGCUUUGAUGCUUUUGCGGUAUAAGAAGCGACAAAGAGGUCUGAGGCUCAGCGACGGCAACGCUAUACCCGGCACGCGUGGCCUGAUGAUUGGAGGUGGUGGCCCAACUUCUGGCGGUCCCGGAGGCAUGGGCGAAGUAUCACAGCGACGAUCGGUCCCAUUUGCCGUUCCCGCAGCGCUUGCGAGCUUGACAGGCUACAAGCGUUACUCUGACCGAACCAAUGCGUCUUCGGAAGGACCCGAAAGGGGAUUUCAGAAGGUGUCCGGCAGGAAACUGCCUUCGGUCCUGCAGCAUGGCGGAGACGGGUACUCAGACCCCACCGACCCCCGAAACACCAUGAUGAGCGACCAGUCCUUCUACCGCGAUUCCACCGGCUGGUGGGGAGGACCCGACAUGCCAAGGGUGGCCGUUGGAUCUCCGAUGCGCCCCGAAAGUGGCAUUCCGGUUUUCCACCCGGGCCCGGCCCGAACACCCGUGACCGAGUCCGGCCAUUUCAGCGAUACCCUGGAACCACCUGCCAUGAGAGACCCCCUGGGCCGCUCUCAUCCCUCGCAGGACGGUUCAAAUCGGUCCCAUGGCUCAGGCUCUCGGUUCACCGAGGAGAUAUGA